AUGGCAGAAGACGUCAAGGCCAAACUGGCUCGUUACAAAACGGCUCCGUUCGACAGUCGCUUCCCCAACCAGAACCAAACCAAGAACUGUUGGCAGAACUACCUGG